UUUAUUUAAAAACUUUCAUGGUCUUUUGGAUAUUUGUCUGCAUUCACUCGUAGCAAAGCCCUAAAACAGGAUCGAAUCUCCCAAGUGCCAAAGUAGCAGGAUUACCAACCAUGAUGAUGAUGGAGAAGCUUUUCUGUCCCUUACUUGGUUCCCUCUCAUUCACUUCUACUGCCAGGUCAGGAAAAUUUACCUUAAUUGUUUUCAAGAAAUUCUUCAGUCAAGUUAUCACGGCUGAUGGCAUCGCACUUAUGCAAAACCCCAUCGCACGGUUUGACGCCUCCAAACUUAACAUCUCUCCGGCCGAUAUCGAGCGUAUGUUCAAAUCCUUCCCAGGUUUGCAGAAACUCAAAUACCUGGAAAAGGUGGAGCAAUUUGUUUGUGUGUUGGAAAGUAAUGGCUGCAAACCAGACCAAAUCGCAAAAAUAAUUAUGGGCUCUCCCAAAAUUGUGACGAUUGGUGUAGAAAAGAUGCAACCCAAGCUCCAACUACUGAAAGAGUCGGGGAUUGAGGGGCCAAAUUUGGCAAGGGUUUUGACAUGCAAGCCGCAGUUGUUGGCCACAAGCCUCAACCGCGAGCUUCUUCCUAAAAUUAAGCUUCUUAAAACUACGUUUGUAUCUCACGAUCUGUUCAUCAAGGCCGUCGUAAGAACCCCCUCAAUUCUUACGUAUAAUCUGGAGAAAGCCAUGAAACCCUCACUUGCCUUUUUCGAGGGACAUGGUCUUCGUGGUAUGGAACUGGCCACAUUCUUAUAUUCGAGACUGAGCCUUCUGCGAAUCUCUUCUUUCACGCCUGCCCAAAUUGAGCUCAUUGGCAAGACGGGCGUCCCUAAAGAAAGCAGAAUGUACAAAUACAUUUUGGACGUCGUGGCCACUUACCGAUUGGAAUCAUUAGAGUCUAAAAUGCACAACCUUCAACUUUGUGGCCUCUCGUCUGAGGAAACUAUGGAAUUAUUUAGGAAUAGUCCCUUGGUCCUUCAUUACUCCACAGACAAGGUCAGGCAGACAAUGCAGUUUCUUAUCAAUGACGUGGGACUCCCUGCAAAUUCCGUGGUCAAGCGGCCUCACCUCUUAGGAAAGAAUUUGGAAAAGGUAAUAAAGCCCAGGUUUCUGGUUUUGCAAGAAAUCAAAUCCUUGAAUGGGCUUGGGAAUUUUGAUGCCAAACAGUUUUCUUCGAUUAUCACUAUGCCCGAGGCAAAGUUUCUUAGCAAGAUUGUGGAAGGACAUCCUCAAUCCACGACACUUUAUGGAGUUUAUGAAAAGGCCAUAUCUAAUGUCUCAAGUUGCACAAAGAUCGCAAGGAAAAUCAAUUUUUAUUGAGCCUUUGAUCUUUCGAUUUUGAGCUGUUGAGACUCACGGUAUAAAAACCAUCACACACAUGUUAGUUGCUGAUAUUCAAAGAAUGGCUUGGAACGACGCAAAAUUAAUAGGAAUCAUGUUUGCAGUACUUCAGACUUCAGAGAAAGGAGGCCUUUGUGCACACAGGUGGCAAUACAGCUUGACUUGGUUCUUUGCAGGGACCUACAAAAAUUCCUGCGCUGAAACAGCAUCGAUUUUCUGGUUUCUAAGUGUUAAUACUCUUCAGCCGCAGCGUGUAGUCUGUCAAGCUGUGAGAUGACCAUGUUUUGGAAAUUUCUUCACAACAGGAUGACCAAUCUUUGGCAGGAAUUUUUUUUGACAGAGCUAUGGAUGCAGCUAAACUUUUCGGGUGGAUGGCUAAGGUUUCUUUCUGUUGUCCUUUGGUUUGUCAGAGGAUAGUGCAUUUUUCUGGAACAAGUGUCAGUGGUUUUAUCAUUUUAUGCAAGCUCUGGUCUAAUUUUAUGUCCUUGGGAGCCCUCCUUUGAUCCUAUUCAUGUUUCUUUCUCAAAGAUGCCUUUUUGGAUUCUAUUUUACAAACUACCCUUCAUCUGUAGAAUGGCCAAAAUGACACCCCUGCUGUCUGAAAAGAUUAGAACACUUCCUGUAGCAGGUUUGCUAGAGCCUGUGUGUGUGUGGACCUUACUACACUGGUUCUCUGCAUCUUCAACAAUCUUUCCCUGUGCUCCAUGGAGACAAUGAAAGCAUUUGAAUUUUGUUAAUUUGUUUGUUGAUUCCUGUGUGAAAUCUCAAUUCAAGUCUGAUGUUGUGUAUUGAGUUUUUACAAUGUUUAUGAUGAAUGCUUUGUCAAUGUUAUGAUAUGUAUAUUUGAAAUUUCUCUAUAUUUUUAAAAAUUCCCCUAUUUUUUUUAAUAGCCGCAGCCUGCCGUCCCCAAAAAUAU